AUGCCAAAGAUCCUCGAUCAUACUAUCUUCCAGCCUGGUCUGUUCCUGGACUACCUCGCGUCACCCUACAAAACCGCGAAGCAUGUUGGUCCACUUGACACCGUGUUUGACUUUAAGAACUGUCGGGCUAUUUUAGUCGAUGGCCACGAAAAUGCGAUAAUUACUUUGACCACGGUCGCUGACCUCGCUGCUGUCAUUGCCCGAGCAGUGGACUAUGAAGGCGAGUCGCCUGAGACUGGAGGAAUCAGAGGCAAUAGAGUCGCGGUCGGUGGCAUUGUCAAGAUUGGGGGCUAUUCGAGGUAA